AUGAUGAUGAUGUUUGUUGUGUUUCCCUCCAGCUGUAAGGAGUAUAAAACGGCGCUGGAUGAUCUGUCCAAAGCUUCCAACACAGGCGGGGACGAGACUCCAGUGGUCACCAGUGCUGGAGAGAGUCGGACUAAGAGCAGCCCAGCCAGGCCCAGCGAGUCGGUGUCAUCUCAGCACAGCCGCACCAGCAUGGACUCGGAUCCUCUCAAGGAUGCAGACUUGUCAGAUAAACAGAAAAAACAAACCAUGAAUCCACACGUCGAGCUACAAUUCUCCGAUGCUAACGCUAAGUUUUACUGCCGGGUCUACUACGCUGAGGAGUUCCACCAGAUGAGAGAGCAGAUCAUGGAGAGCUCGGAGGAAGACUUCGUCCGCUCGCUGUCGCACUGCGUCAACUGGCAGGCCCGCGGGGGGAAGUCUGGAGCCGUCUUCUACGCUACAGAAG